GCCAACCUUGUUCAAAACGGACCUCUUGCUGUUGCCAUCAACGCUGCCUAUAUGCAGACUUACAUUGGCGGAGUCUCCUGCCCUUAUAUUUGCACCAGGAGGCUCAACCACGGUGUCUUGUUGGUCGGUUACGGCUCCGCUGGUUAUGCCCCGGCUAGGUUCAAGGAGAAGCCUUACUGGAUCAUCAAGAACUCGUGGGGUGAGACUUGGGGUGAGAAUGGUUUCUACAAGAUCUGCAAAGGCCGUAACAUCUGUGGCGUUGACAGUCUUGUCUCCACCGUUACAGCCGCCGUCUCUACCACCGCACAUUAACUAAGCCAAAAAAGAGGCUUUCAUUUAAUAAAUCUAGUGAUUUGUGUGAGCGAGCACUCUUUGCCUCACUCUCUGUUUCUCUCUGCUUUUUAAAAAAAAACAAAGAUGGAAGUUUGUAAAUAAAUUGCAUCCUCUUUUGAGCAAA